UGAUGACUAACAUGUUAGUUGAUUUUUAGUGAACAACUUCUCGGUUUGCUCUGUUUUUUUUUUUUUUGUUGCUCAUACAUAAUCAAACCCUUAAUAAUUAAGUAUUUCCUAAUCUGAUUUAAAGCAGAAACCGACUACUUCCAUUUUUGCAUCCCUUAACCCUUAUAACUUCAAAUCCAUUUCCCCUAAACUUUGGUACCGACCAUGUCGCCCGAGAUUUUUCCGGUGACUCCUUUGGUCUCUGACGCAGAGGUGGUGCCUUCUUCGGACUCUGGGUCGCCGAUGGAACUUUCCAUUGAGGUUACUGAGGUUUCGGUGGUUGCUGUGGGUGUGGCCUUGGAGUUGCCGUCUGGGGUUCCUUCUGUGGGUGCGGCUGUGUCUACGCCGGUGAUUUCUUUACCGGAGUGGUCUGG